GUAGUGGACGUCAGUCAUCCUGCCGGCCGGCUUGCGUAUCUCAUGGCAUCCUACCGUUUCUUCUCUCUCCUUCGCCGGAGGCUGCCUCCGCAAUUCCCCUACAGAGCUUUGCCUCGAUCGUUCAACACCGCCUCCUCGGAUCUUCACACGGAGCGUGAUCUUGCGGAGCAGGAAACCGCGUGCCAAAGCGCGGAACAGCUUGAGGGAUCCCUUUGCUCGCGGGUGGAGAGGCUGCCGAGGGGCGAGUCCGUAAUCUACGCAUUCCAGACCUGGAUGGGGGAUGGUCAUGACGUUAACAGGGGCGAUAUAUUCCACACCAUCAAUCGCCUCCGGAAGCUCAAGAGGAACAAGAGGGCGCUCGAGGUUAUGGAGUGGGUGGUUAGAGAGAGGCCAUACAAACUGGGUGCAUUAGAAUACUCUUAUCUUUUGGAGUUCACAAUCAAACUCCAUGGUAUUUCACAAGGAGAAAGUCUCUUCCUUCGAAUCCCUCAUCAAUAUCAAAAUGACUUGCUAUACAACAACCUUGUCAUGGCAUGCUUGGAUAAGGGCUUGAUCAGGCUUUCACUAGCAUACAUGAGAAAGAUGAGGGAACUGAACUUUCCUAUUUCUUCAUUUGUUUACAACCGGUUGAUUCUUCUACAUUCCUCUUCCGGUCGCAAGAAAACUAUUCCUAAACUCCUAACCCAAAUGAAGGCUGAUGGUGUUGCCAGACAUGUAUCAACGUAUAAUAUUUUACUGAAGAUAGAAGCCGAUGAACAUCAUAUUGAAGGUAUGUCAAAGGUGUUCAAGGAUAUGAUUAAGGCAAAAAUUGAUCCCAAUGAAGUCACUUAUGGCAUUUUAGCAAUUGCUCAUGCAGUUGCUAGACUUUAUACAGUAUCGGAGACCUAUAUCGAAGCUAUAGAGAGGACAAGAACUGGCAAUAACUGGUCUACACUAGAUGUUCUUCUCAUUUUAUAUGGGUAUUUGGGGAAAGAGGAUGAGCUAGAGAGAACUUGGAAGUAUGUCAAAGAACUUCCCCAUGUUAGAACUAAUAGUUAUGGGCUUGCAAUUGAAGCAUUUGGAAGGGCCAGUUUUGUUCACAGGGCUGAAGAGAUAUGGUUAGAAAUGAAAUCGUCCAAAAAGUUGAAAAUAACAAAGCAGUUCAACUCAAUUAUAGCAGUUUAUUGCCGGCAUGGGCUUAUGGAUAAAGCCUCUGAUAUCUUCAAAGAAAUGGAAGCAAAUGAUUGCAAACCAAAUGCUAUAACAUAUCGUCACCUUGCUUUGGGUUGCUUAAAAGCUGGUUUGUUAGAGGAAGCAUUGAAGACAAUGGAUUUGGGGAAGAAUGAAGAUGUGAGUUUUCAGGUUAGAAGAUCUACGCCAUGGUUGGAAACUACACAUAUGUUAUUAGAGGUUUUUGCUGAUAUGGGCAAUCUAGAAAUGUCAAAAAGUUUGUUUCGAGAAUUUAAGGAAACAAAAUACCACCGAUAUACUUUUGUUCAUAAUACUCUACUAAGAGCCUAUAUGAAGGCAAAAACUUAUGAUUCAGAGAUUUUGAAGAAAAUGAUCUUGGCAGGAGCAAGACCUGAUGCCGAGACAUAUAGUCUUGUUAGAUUCAUAGAACAGUUCAGAAGAUAACUUUUCAUUCUUCCAUGCUAAGGCUUUGGUUUGACAAAAGAAAGUCAGGAUAAUUCGAGUCAAGCUAUCAAGAAAUUCCUUUGUUUCUUCCUCACUAAUCCUAAUCUUUAUUCACCAAUGUAUUGAGCAAACUGAAUCAAACACCAGAACUUUAUGAUACAAGAAAUGGAUUGUAUUCAAUACUGAGGCAACCUUUAAUGUUAAGCAAUGCAGUUAAGAAAAUUGUAUAUGCUACAAGUGAACUUUGGUUUUUGCCCUAACAGAUUUCUAGAUGGCUCGCUCAUGGUGGAUAUUUCUUGCAUCAAUCCUAAAUCUUCAUACUGGGCUGUGUAUUCUACCCAUCUUGUGGAGACAGACGACUACCCUAUCGCUGAUAUCUUAUUUAUUGAAUUUGUUAUUGAUGGUGGACCAGCAGCAAAGGCUCUCAAGCCAAAGUUUGACAUUUCGAUGAAGCAUGUUUCUUCACAUUUUGGCUUUUCAGCACCUCAUGUGGAAAUGAGACACAUUGUUGCGGCUUCUAUUUUUCUUAAGGGUCUUGAAGGUCUGCUGUUUAUCUCCAGCUGCUCUUUUGGAACUUGUCUGCUGUCUCUUUUCCUAGCUUUCACUACCCCUGUCAUUCUCGACUUCUACAAGUAUGACAUUGAGGCCAGGAUUCAUGCAGCUGUUCAGCAAGUUUAUUCAGAAUUUUGGGGCACUGAUCUUUUCCUUGAGCAUGAAAAACUCUUUUCUAAUGCGGGAAAAGAAAAGGGUUAUCAAGUCGAAAACAUAUUAGGCAGUAUUCACACGUUGCGUCAGUUUAGGCCUCACGUAACCACCACAAAAGUGUGGUUUUGCACAUGUUGUGGAGCCUAGGGACAAUUUCAUCAUCCUUAAUCAAAGUUCAGUUCUGUUUCUAUUGUGUACC